AGGAGGUGUGGUAUGUGGUGUUGGAGAGCCUGCACCAUAUGCUUUUGCCGAUGUUGCAGUGGGAUAAGGAAGGUGUACAAGCAGCAACUUCUGAGUUUCCAGCUCAUCAUUAUACCAGUAGACAAUGCACUGCUCUGGAAACUAUGCUAGAGAUAUUAAGGGAUUUCUUCGCUGAAGGGGGCCAAGUUCAAAUAAAACCAGCUACCCUCGACCGUGGUAUUACUCAAUUAAAAGGGAUCAUUUGCUUAUACAGGCAAACCACAGACAUGAUCAUAUCAGACUAUAUUGCUGACUCAAAUCAAAGACUACAGAAUACUGAUGCUUCCUGUGGAGAAGUAUCAAUGGAGAUUGAUGCCUACCAUCAUCCUGCAACAGGAGAAUUAGAGGGUACUAUCAGAGGUAUGAAUGUUUUAUUUUAGUAAAGGGCAACCCUUGUUCUAUUCAGUUUUAGUGCAAAGCUCACUCGAAUUUACCAACCACAUUUGAUAGUACUAGGUUCCGCACAAACCGCGUAAGUU